AUGUCUGCUCCUGGAAACUCUGGUGAACACCAUCACGCCGAAGGGCCUCGGUACUCUCGAGGGGAAGAAACGAGCCAUGAACAUGAUAAGCACCAUGAAGAAGCCGCGAAAUACCACGACAAGGAAGUGGCUAAACAUGCCGAAGGGCCUCGGUACUCUCGAGGUGAAGAAGCUCACCAUGAGCAUGAUAAGCACGGUGAAGAAGCCGCGAAAUACCACGACAAGGAAGCGGCUAAACGUGCCCAUGGAGCCCACAAGGGUGGCGAAGAACACCGCAAUGUUGACGGUGCCGUCGCGCAUGGAGGGUACAGCCAUGGCGAACGCAAAGAAGAAGCGCCCCACGUUGAGGAAGAUCAUCUCGAACAAGCCAAGCAAGGCGGGAGUGUGGCCCACGGUGGUUUUUACCACGGGGAGCACAAAACAGAGUCGUCCAACGCGACGCAUGUGAAUGGCACCAUUCACUUCGUCCAAGGAAACUCUACCGGCAACUGGUCGCGUCUCGCUAACGGCAGCACGCACGGCGACCAAGUGAUCCAGUACGAUGGCCUUCGUCAUCAAGGUGGCGGCUCGUUGUCGUUGCAAGCGAGUGUCCGCGACCAGCACCACAAUGCCCUUGCGACGGCGGGGGGUGCCGCAGUGCUUGCCGUGGUGGGUUUUGUUGCGUUCAAGGUGGUCAAGAAGCUCCGCCAACGCGCCAACUACGAGACGAUUCCUACGGAGGCCACUCGCAUGAUUAUCUAA